CUCUCCACGUCUCGGCAUAAACAAGACAAUAAGGAAGAACACAGUUCGGAUCCACGAACAAGCCAGGACUUUGGCGCUAAGGAAAUUCAUGGAAUCAAGGAGAACAAACAAUUCCUUAUUUAUAUCUUGCAGGUAACAAACAGGGAGUGUGUGUGCUCGUGUAGAGAGAGAAACUAGAGAGAGAAAGAAAGAUGGUCACUGUGAGCAAAUAUCGCCAUAAAGUAAGCUCAAAACCCCAUCUUUUGAUUUGAUUCCCUCUCUUUCUCUCGCUUUCUUUCCUUAUUCCAACUUGGAAAAUUUGUCACCUACCAAUUCUUUUUCAUUUAUUUUUGUGCUCCAUUUUUUAAUUUUCCCCUUAAAAAGGCGAAAAUCGGCACCGAAAAGCUUCUCACAAGUCCUUUUCUCACUUUUUUGGGUAUGGUUUGCUUCCACUAUUAAACUGCUUUUUCUCUCGCAAUUCGAUUGAAAAUUUAUUCCAAUUCUGAUCUCAAAGCCCCACAUUUUUCGAUUGCAAAUAGUGAAUCAAUACUAGCUUUUUACUUCUUUCGAUUGCAGUGCUCUAAUUUGCAGACAAAAGUUUUGCUUUUGUUUCGUAACACAGUUCUCAGUCGCGAUUUGUUUCGCCUGAUGUUUUAUUUCGUAUAUCAUUAUCGAUUGUUUGAAUUGCCUGUGAAUUUUUCAUCUAGACCCCUUUUCUUGUCCUCAAUUUCUUGUUUUUUUCUUCCUUCUAAUGUUAUAUCUAUAUAUUGUAUCAAUUGUCUCCGGUUUCGCCUAAAGAUUUGAUUUUCAUCUUCUAGCUGUAUUGAUCGACCGAGCUUCGCUUACUGUGAAUUAGUCAUGGAUUCAAAAAUGGCGGAUCGUUUUAGGUCGAUUUCGAUUGAGGAAUUGCCUUGGCAUUUGAUUGUUGAGAUUUUGACUUCAGGCCGGUUGAGUGUUGUUGAUCUUAUUUAUUUGGAGCUGACUUCGCGAACAUUUAGAGGGACUCAUGGGUUGUUUCCUCUCAAAUUCACUUCUUUGGUGGACUUUGCAGCAUUUAAGCUAUGUAACUCGCAUCCCAUUUAUGCUCCUUUGGUUUCCAAUGCUCAGAAAGAGCUUUUCAACCGGUGUGGCGGGAAUUGGAAACGGGUUUUAAGGUUCUUGCAGUCGGUGGAGCAGUCUUCGGACAUGGUCGAGACCUCAGCAGGCAAUAUGCAGAUUAGGUCUGGAAGAUAUCACACUUUGUUGAUCAACGGUUCGUCAGUGUACUCAUGUGGUUCCAGUUUGUGUGGUGUUCUUGGCCAUGGUCCUGAAACAACGCAAUGUGUGGCAUUUACCCGGAUCAGUUUCCCAUACUCUGCACCAGUGAUCCAAGUCUCAGCUUCCCAUAAUCAUGCCGCUUUCAUCACGCAGUCUGGAGAGGCUUUCACAUGUGGAGAUAAUUCAUCCUUCUGUUGUGGGCACAGAGAUACAGGCCGUCCCAUAUUCAAACCCAGGCUGGUAGAUGCAUUGAAAGGAGUUGCUUGCAAGCAGGUUUCUGCAGGGCUUAGUUUUACCGUGUUCCUCACAAGACAAGGCCAUGUCUAUACAUGUGGGACCAAUACACAUGGCCAGCUUGGCCAUGGUGACAUUCUAGAUAGGCCAACACCUAAAAUUGUAGAACUGCUCGAGAGUGUUGGUUCCGUAGUUCACGUUGCUGCUGGUCCAACUUAUACCCUAGCUGUAACUAAUGAUGGGACAGUCCACUCGUUUGGGUCAGGCAACUAUUUCUGCCUUGGCCAUGGAGAACAGCACAAUGAGCUACUGCCACGUGCAAUUCAGUCAUUUAGAAGAAAGAAUAUUCAUGUGGUUCGGGUCUCUGCUGGUGCUGAGCAUGUGGUAGCACUUGAUUCUAAUGGCCUUGUGUAUACUUGGGGCAAGGGCUACUGUGGUGCAUUGGGCCACGGAGAUGAGAUUGAUAAGACUACUCCAGAACCCUUGAGCAGCCUUAAGGGCCACCUUGCUGUUCAGGUUUGUGCAGGUAGGAGGAAAACUUUUGUUCUGGUGGAUGAUGGUUCUGUUUAUGGCUUUGGGUGGAUGGGAUUUGGUUGUCUUGGGUUUCUGGACAGGGGAGUAUCCGAUAAAGUCAUGAAGCCUCGAAUCCUAGAUAGCUUAAGAGCUCACCACAUUUCUCAAGUAAGCUCAGGCCUGUACCACACUGUCGUACUCACGAACCGGGGACAAAUCUUUGGGUUUGGAGAUAAUGAAAGAGCACAACUUGGGAUUGAUACACUGAGAGGAUGCCUUAAGCCAACCGAAAUUUUUAUUCAAGAAAUGGCAAGUGAAGAAGGCCUCGUAUCAGAAGGUGGAUGACUCUGUGAAAAAUGUAAUCUGUUUUGGUAUGGUUUUUGUAUUGCAUGUGGACACUAUUUAGAUUAUUUAUUUUAUUUUUUACUUUUUAACGUCAAUAUUUUAUUAGAAUUGCAAAAAGACUAUCAUGUUGGAAAUUACUUGUGAAUGUCAGAUAUAUCUCUGUUGUACCGAAAGUUAAAAUUUAUCUGAAGUAAUAUCUUAUGGGA